AUGCGCAAGACUUUGGACGAAGCGUCGGCCCCGCGGCAGUCAUCUGUUGGUAUCUUCCGUAUGCUCUGGCUGAUGGCUCAGUUUACCCUUGUCCGUCCCCACCAGAAGCGCGACAUCCCAGCAUUGUGGGAGCCGCUCGACAGUCCUUUACACAGGCGGCAGCAAAUUGAGAAAGUCGUAACGGAAGGCAAGAUCAAGAUCGCACUUGCACGUGCUGGUCCGCCUAUUCCGAGUAAACUCGCUCCCAGCCAAGAUGUCAUCCUCUCUGAACAGGGAUAUGUGGGGGCCAAUCUUAAGCGUUGGACGAAGAGGUUCAAGCUUGAUAUAUUCACACUUCACAAGAUGCUCAUUCCAAUUAACCACAAUAAUGCCCACUGGGUCUGUGCUGUUGUGGACUUCCGCCGAAAACGGAUCGAAUAUUACGACUCAAUGCACGACAGUGGUAGGAGGAUGCAAGUCUUCCAGAACCUUCGAGAUUACCUGAAGGCCGAACACAAGGAGAAGAAGGGAACUGCAUUGGACCUCUCAGCCUGGACAGACGCAUACAACCCGGUACGUCGAGAAUACUUUAACCCGAUCCUGACAUUGCAGGGUACUCCCAAACAGGACAAUGUCAACGAUUGCGGCGUCUUCGCCUGCCAGACUCUCGAAGCAGCAGGGCGCGGACGCGAUUUGAUCGGCUCCAAAUUCGAGUUCAAACAGUCGAAUAUGUCGUUCUUCCGUCGCCUCAUGAUUGUGGAGAUCGCGUCAGGAGAGCUGGCCCAACGCCCGUGGGCACGGCCUGCCGACAAAUGA